UAUGGUUUCAUCUCAUGCUGAUGACGUAGUUCAUAUGCGCCGCUGUUUAUGCUGCUUAUAAUGAGGAUAAAUGAAGAUACAUUACUGGAGGGGGGAAAUGUUGUAUUGGUACCUUACAAUACAGAUCAUGUUCCCAGGUAUCAUCAGUGGAUGUGCUCUCCUGAACUGCAGAAGCUGACUGCAUCUGAGCCUCUGACACUGGAGCAGGAGUAUGACAUGCAGAGAGACUGGAGAGAAGAUGAUGACAAGUGCACCUUCAUCAUUUUGGAUAAGCAGAAAUGGGCAGAUCCGAGUAUACCGGAGCAAGAGUGCAUGGUGGGAGAUGUCAACAUUUUCCUCACUGACCCCAGCGAUCCUUCCCUGGCUGAACUGGAGAUUAUGAUUGCAGUGCCCUGCUACAGAGGAAAGGGACUUGGGAAAGAAGUAACACGUAUGAUGAUGUGCUAUGGUAUCCAUAAACUUGGAAUUCGAAAGUUUGAAGUCAAGAUUGGUUUGGAUAACAAAAUAAGCAUCGCCAUGUUCAAGAAAUUCCACUUCCGAGAGCUCUCCGUCAGUGAAGUCUUUCAGGAGGUCACUCUUGGGGUCACUGUGAACGAGGCUUUACAGAAGCAUGUGUUUGGAAACAUGGACUUCAUGCUGCAGAGGGAGUAUGGGAAGGCCCGCGACAGUAGACAGGCAACAUUCACACCAUUAUCUCUGUGAAUAAUAUACAGCCUUGAAAUAGAAAUAUGGUUAAAGAUUUGUAGAAGGCUCUAUGUAAAGAAAAAAAGCCCUACGGUGCAUCUCAAUAUGAAAUAUUAAUCAUUCAUUGUGUCAAAGAAAGCUGAAGUACCUCUAGUAGGUGACAUCUUUUAAUGUUUAUCGCAUUCUUAUACUGUGGCAAAAUAUUUCUGAAUUUUUUUAAAUUCAGAAUUAAAUGUGAUGACUCAAGUCAUUGAUGACACAUUCAAUACUGUAUCAUUGUAAUUGUUAUUAUUGUAUUGUGAUUUUAACCUCUUCAGGCAUGGAAAUCAAAAAAAGCAUACUGUAAACUCAAAUCUAAACCUUUUAAUCUGCAUAUUAUUUGCAUACCGCAUGUUGUUUUAAAAAUAAUUGAUGUCGAAAAAAAAGAUAACUUAUAUUUGUUAUAUUUUUGUUGCUUAUAAUAUUAUUGUAGUUCUUUGUGAUUAUAUACUUAUGAAACAGUUUGUAUCUUACGUCAGUUAUUUGUUUUGUAGUCAAUUUAUGACAUUUAUCAUCCUUGCAACAAAAGUAGUCUUGAAAACAAGUUUGUGGUCCAUUAAUGCUUCUAAUAAAUAAUGAUACUGGUUGUAUGA